AUGUCUCACAAUUCCCUUAAUGAAGCAAAUUGUGACUUUAUUCAAAAUAACGAAAAAGAUCAGAAAUCUAGUUUUGAUUCCAUUUUGACAAAAAGAUGGAAAGAAGCUCAAGAAAAUAGAUUAUUUCGUUAUGUUUUAAACAUUCAAGAUUCAAAGAUAUUGGAUGGAAAAUAUAAAUUCUUGGCACAGUUAAACAUUGAUCGUGGUUAUAAAAGAAGAUCUCCUGAAAAUAUUACAUCAAUGAAACAACCUUUUAAUGAAAAACAUUUUAACUUUACAAAACUUGUACCGGAAGAACAAAUAAUGAAUCUAAAUAGUACAAAUGAAGAAGAUAUAAUUGCAAUCAAUGUUAGUCCGAUUGAAUAUUGUCAUUCUUUACUGUUACCACAAAAAUGUAAACAGUUGCCUCAAAUGGUAACAAAAUAUAGUCUAUACAAAGCUAUUGAAUUGUUUUCAUUAAGUUCUUCUUUGUAUCUCAGAGUGGGUUUUAAUAGUCUCUGUGCUUACGCAUCUGUAAACCACCUUCAUUGGCACCUGUACUAUUUGAAUUGGAAAAUGUUAUUGGAAUACAUUGAUCUCAAGGAAUACGCAGGGCCAGUGCAAAUAUUACACGAAUAUCCAGCAAAAGGAUUUUGUAUAAAAUAUUCUAACGUCCAAAAUAUAGAUAAUUUUGUCAAUUGGGCAUUUUUAAUAAUAAAUUAUUUACAAAAUGCAGAAAUAGCACACAAUGUUUAUAUUACAAGAGCGAAACUAAAUCUUCAAGAAGAGCAUAAGGAUCUAAGAAUUUACAUUUGGGCUAGAAAACCCAGUACAGGAAUUAAAGAUACUGUUGUUUUCAACCCUGCGAUAUGUGAACUUUUUGGACAUCUUUCAAUAAAAUCCGAGGAAACAUAUAAAAAUCUAAUGGAAGAACAUGUAACGUGCAUACUACGAGAUAUAACCGAAGAGAUCUUUUUCUCAGUCUACGACAAAAUAAAAAAUUUAAUAGAAUGCCAAAUAAACACUGCUACCUAA